UGGGUUCAACUGCGAGCACAGAAGCCGUAAGUGAUGGCAUUGAGAGCUGCUACUUUCGUUGGAAGGGAAAGGAGAACCGCUCUUCUUUCACUUCCUCGUCAACUCAGAAUCAACCCUGCAUCUGUUGCUCCCUCCUUUCGUAGAAUUCCAUCUUCCCGAAAACAAAUUGGACUAAUUUCAGCUGUCAAGUACCGGGUUCAUGCAAUACGAGAGGUUGCAACGGAACCAAAGGCUUCUGCGACAGAGGAUGAUAAUCAGUCAUCUCAAAAUUGGAAGAUUAAAAUGCUUUAUGAUGGAGAUUGCCCGCUUUGCAUGCGCGAGGUCAACAUGCUUAGAGAGAGGAAUAAACUGUAUGGUGCUAUCAAGUUUGUGGACAUAAGUUCAGAUGAUUACUCUCCGGAAGAGAACCAAGGCCUCAACUACGAAACUGUGAUGGGGAGAAUCCAUGCAAUCAUGGCAGAUGGAACUGUGGUUACAGACGUUGAAGCUUUCAGAAGGUUGUAUGAAGAAAUUGGCCUUGGAUGGGUUUAUGCAAUCACAAAAUACAAGCCUAUUGCAACCCUAGCAAAUGCAAUUUAUGGAAUUUGGGCAAAAUAUCGUCUACAAAUUACAGGCCGGCCUGCUUUAGAAGAAAUUUUGAAGGCACGAAAGGAAAACAAGGCUGCUUGUAUACCAUCUAUACUAUCGGGAAAUGAUGUGGUAAUGGCAGCAGAGACUGGUAGUGGUAAAACACAUGGCUACCUGGUCCCUCUAAUGGAUAAGUUAUCUGUUACAUCUGAUACUUCUGCAGCUACUGAUGGCGACCAUGGAUUGACCCAGCCUCACAAACUUUCUCUCGUUCUUUGCCCUAACGUGAUGUUAUGUGAACAAGUGGUUCGAAUGGCUAAUUGCAUACGUGAUAAUAAUGGUCAACAACUUCUGAAAGUUGCAGCUGUCUGUGGGCAGCAGGGGUGGCCAGUUUCUCAUCCAGAUAUUAUUGUUUCAACACCAGCUGCUCUUCUGAAUUAUCUUUAUGCUAUUGACCCAGAAAGGCGCCGCCGUUCUGAUUUCUUACGCAGUGUAAAAUAUGUGGUGUUUGAUGAAGCAGAUAUGCUGCUCUGUGGAAGUUUCCAGAAUCAAGUUAUUCGUCUUAUAAACAUGUUCCGCUUUGAAGAAAAGCAACUGUCACAGAUGAAAGGUUCUCUGCUUGAGAGUCAAGUGGACCCUCUUAAUUUUGUGCCAGAAGAUGAGGAACUGCAAUCCAACUUCAUCCAUGAAGAGGAUGAACCUUUGAAUGGUGUUGAUGUUGAAGACCUUAAAGAGGAGAUUGAAGCUGAGCCUACUAGGGGAAAGUACUGGAGGAGGGUUAGGAAAGUUUAUGAGCGCAGUAAGCAGUACGUUUUUGUUGCAGCCACCCUUCCAGUAAAUGGCAAGAAAACUGCAGGUGGAGUGUUGAAACGGAUGUUUCCAGAUGCCAAAUGGGUCAAUGGAAAUUAUCUCCAUUGUCACAACCCCAGAUUGGAUCAGAGGUGGAUAGAGGUUACAGUUGAUACACAGGUAGAUGUUCUUAUAGAUGCUGUGAAACGGGGUCAUAAGUCUAAAGUAUCAAGUUCUGAUGCUGGUGUAAGUCUGACCAUGGUCUUUGCAAAUACUGUUGAUGCUGUUGAAUCAGUGGCUAAGAUAUUGCUCAGUGUUGGUAUCAAAUGUUUCUGUUACCACAGUGACAGCUCAUUGGAGGAGCGCACAAAAAAUUUGAUUGAUUUCCGAGAAAGGGGUGGCAUACUUGUCUGCACUGAUGCUGCUGCACGUGGCCUUGAUAUUCCAAAUGUUUCACAUGUCAUUCAGGCGGAAUUUGCAACUUCUGCUGUAGAUUUCUUGCAUAGGAUUGGCCGUACUGGAAGAGCUGGUCAAUUUGGACUUGUUACAAGUUUAUAUACUGAGUCCAACCGGGAUCUUGUUGCAGCAGUGCGUCAAGCAGGAAAUCUGGGUUUACCUGUGGAGAAAGCAUUCAGUAGGAAAAGGAGCUUCCGCAAUAAGCUUAAGAAAAGAGGUCCCGUUGGAGUAAGAAAUGCAUCAAAUGUUGAAGGCAGUGUCCUAGCAUAAUGCAAUGAUGACCAAAGCAGCUUGGAUGUAAAAAUAUUACGUUCUGGAAUCUGAGGUACAUAGUUAAUCCAAUAUGAUCAACUUGUAACCUUAUGAUAUUGUAAAUAUUCAUAAUUUGUUAUCACUAUGAUUAAAUUAAUUUGUCUUUUCAUCAGAUA